AUGGAUCAAGCGUGGAGCAGAACCGACCGCCACGCGCCGGGCGCCAGAGACAACACACCCACUCCCGCCAAGGGAGAAGUUCCGCAUUCCAACUCGCCCUCGCCAGCAGGCCAAGCAUAUCACUGCCACCCGUGGCAUCACCGUCAAGCAGCCGAACUCGCGCCUAACCGCGCCCGAUGCGUCCUGCAGCCGCACGAAAAGGAGAUGGUCGAUAAAAGUGGCACAUCUUCCACCUCGGUGUUCUCGGCCCCCCCACCGACGCUUGCAGGCGGCAAAUACAACACCUGGGGCGCCGUGGCGGGAGGCGGUAAGAAGCAGGAGCAAAGGGUCAAGUGGGGAACCACGGGCAAAAGAGACAAAAGUUCAUGA